AUGUCAAAGCCAAGAUCAACAAGUACAAUUGAAUAAAGAAUCAAAGAAAUUAGAAUGUAAAAAUCUAGAAAUUAUUCACAUCUUGAUGGUACAUGUGUAUGUGCUGAUUGUUUAUGUGGUUAAUGUAAAUGUUAAAUGAUUUAACAACCUUAUGAUUAUCCCAAAAUAUUACUGUCAAAUUAUAAAAGAGAAUAUAUGUGGAAAUAUUCUUCCCCUCCAAAACCAGUUUAAAAAGUAGAAUACUAGUCAAAUUUUGAAUAAGUUUUUAGAUCUUCUACCUACUAAAGAAAUUUUCAAUCAUUUAACAUUUAGAAAACUGAAAAUUUUAAACCCUCUUCUUAAGACUGGAAAAAUGAUUCACCUGUUGUUGAGAUGACUUCUUAUAGAGCAAAUUUCAAAUAAUAACCAAAUAGUAAAUAUUAAAAGUUAUAUUAGAUAUAACUAAAAUGUUAAAACCUAUUGAAGUUGAUCAUUCUAUAAACUUACCAAUGACUUAAAAAACUACUUACAAUAAACAUUUUAGAGCAUGUAGUUCUUAAUUAGAAAAUGAUCAUUAUGUUAGAGAAGCUCAUUAUAAAAGACAUACAAAUUAGACACCAAAUCCAUAUUUAAAAACAUCAUAUCAACAUUUCUAUAAUAUUGUUUCAUAAUCAUAAACAAAUGCAAUUUUACCAUAAUAAAAUUAAACAUUUAUGCCUUCUUUAUCUGGAUCAUAGAAUAGAUAAAGUAGAUAUCAAUCUGAUUAUAAAAAGAAAUAGAAAUUAAAGUGUUAAGCAAGACAAUUUUUAGAAGAAUAUAUUAUUAGUCAUUAAGAAUGA